ACACAAUGAAUAGUUGCUAACAUAUUGAAAAACACAAAGUAUAUUACUGAAUAAUACAAUACUAACUGUUGUAUGCUUACAAUACAGUGCAUAUUAAUCGUCUAAAUUCUUAUCCUGUUUUGAUUUUUCUUUUUACCAAAACAAAAAACGUUCAGUUUACUUCUGUAACAUAUUUGGUUACAGUGAAGAUUUUAUUCACCUGAUUAAUUUAUAGGGAUUAUUCAGUUCAUAACAUUACAAUUACGUAAUAUAUAUUACAUUGUGAAAUAUGUAUGAUAAUGAUUAUUUAAUAUCUCGUAUACAAACCAUAUAUUCUAAUAGAAGUAAUACUCAACAAUUUAUUCAAUCAUCUUAUAUACUACUUAAUGAUAUUUUAUAUUACUAUAAUAUCAAAUCUAUUACAUUGAAUACAAUACAUGUAUUAGGUAAAUUUCUAUCUUAUAUUAUACGAAUAUAUAAUACAAUUGAUUAUAUAAAUAUAAAAUGUAUUGAAAUAAUUAAUUAUUUAAUUAAUAAUUAUUUAAUUAAAAAUCAAUUAAAAAAUUUAUUAAUUUAUUUAUUAGAAUAUGAUUUAUCAUUAAAUUUAUUAAAUAAACAAUUACUAAUUAAUCAAUAUACAUGGUAUUGUAUAAAUAAUUAUAUAAUUAAUAAUAAUAAUAAUAUUGCAUCAUUAAUACGUAUAUUAAUUUAUAUUAUUAUAUAUAAAAUUAUUCAUUCAAUUAAAUAUAAUUUAGAUUUAAUUCAAUUAAAGUAUUUGAUAAAUAUGAUUUCUAUAUAUAAAAUUACAUUUAAUGAAAUUUUAUUAAUUAUUAAAUUAAUUAAAAAUCAAUUAAAAUUAUUUAAUUUAAAAAAUAUUAAAUUAUUUUGUUUAAAUAUUAUACAAUUAUUAUAUUGGAAUAUUAAUUAUUUAAAUAAUUCAAAUGAUAUUCAUUAUAUACAAUAUGAAAUAUACGAAAUAUUUAAUAACUAUAAUAUUAAUAAUAAUAAUGAUAAUAAUAAUAUUGAUAAUAAUAAUUAUUAUAAUAAUAUUAAUUAUAAUAAUAAUAAUUAUUAUGAUAAUUUUAAUAAUAAUAAUUAUUUUUAUAAUUAUAAUAAUAUUAAUAAUGAUUAUAAUAAUUACAAUAAUAAUAAUGAUAAUAAUAAUAAUAUUAAUAAUAAUAAUAUUAAUAAUAAUUAUUAUUAUAAACAAAUAUCAGAUUAUGGAUAUAAAAAUGAUUUAAAUAAUUAUAAUAAAUUAAAACAAAUUAAUUUAAUACCAAAUUAUAUUUAUACAUUAUUAUAUAAUAAAAAUAAUUAUAGAAAUCAAUUAAAAGGAAUAAAUGAAUUACAAUUGUUUACAUGGCAACUAUUUUGUAAUAAAAAUUCUAUAGAAUUUGAUACAAAUGAUAUUGAUUAUAUUAAAAAUAUAAAAAUUUUUUUAAAAAAUAUAUUAAAUAUAAUGUAUCAUCAAACAAUGGAUAUAAAUAUACAUCUUAUGAAUAUUGUAUUGAUGUUAUUACAUCAUUUACCCAAUUAUAUCAUAGAAGAAAAUAUCAAAGAAAUCUUUCGUCUAUUUCAUCCAAUUUUAAUGAAUCCAUUCAAUGGAAUCCAUCAAAUUAUUCAUAGAAUGUUAUCCUUAUUAUUAACCUGCUUUACAGCUGAUAUUCUAUUCAAUGAAUUAUGGUUAUAUUAUAAUAAUAAUCAUACAAAUGAUCAUAUACGUAUUAAUGUGUUAUAUUGUAUCAAAUUUAUAUUAAUUAAUAAUCAAUUUAAACAAAAUCUGGAUAUCAUGAAAAUGAUCCAAUGUAUUGUACAAGGUUUAAAAGAUCAAAAUAAAAUGAUUCAAUCAGUGGCAAUUGAAUGUUGUGCAAUCCUUAUAAUGUUAUAUAAUUCUAAAUCUAAUCAAUCUAUUAUAAAUUUAAUUAAAAAUAAUUUAAUUCAUCAAAUGUCAAUAAUUGAAAUUAAUUUUUUAAUAAAAAAAAUAAAAAAAUUUAUAAAAAAAGAAAAAAAUUUUAAUGAAAAUUUAGUUGAUAUGGUGGUGGGGAUUAAUGAAAAAAUGAAUUUAAAACAAAAUUGCAAUAGAAGUAUUCAUCAUUCGGAUUAUAGAAGUGAUUCUGUAGAUUCAUCUAUUCGUCGAAAUACUUCAGAAAGAUAUGAUAUGCCAAUUAUUCAUUUAGAUUCAAAUAAAAUGAAUCAUUUAAAUGGAUCAUCAUAUUAUCAAAUCUCUGAAUCUCGUAAACGUUUGAAGUCAUGUCAAUCAGAUAUACGCAAGUCUAUUCGAAGAUAUAGUGAUCAAAUGAAAACUCAUGAUUCUUCUAGACAAACUCAACGUCAAUUAGAUCAUAGUAAAGAUAUGAAGUGUCUUUCACAUACAGACAAGAUUUUUAAUGAAUCACCGCCAACAACAAUUAAUGUAAUGCCAGAUCUUCCAGAUACAUUCAAUGAAGAAGAGAUAAUCUGUCCAGUGAAUUGUUACAAUCAAACUACUGAAAAUCAGAUAAAUCGAGGUUUGGAAAGUUUACGUAAUUCUGUAUCUAGACGUCGUAAACAAUGGUUAUUUAAUCAAUUGGCUAAGUUGAAAGCUAAAAAAUUAUCCGAGAGUAAUCAUGAAAAUCUUCAAAGUAACUUAUUUCAAAUGAAAUCUGACAAUAUAGAAAAUCAACAUUAUCCAUUAUGUUUAGAUUCAAAUCUGUGGAUUAAUCAAGAUAAUGAUAAAACAUAUCGACCAUCAUCCUAUGAAUAUCUUGAAAAAGUACCAAAGAAAUGGAGAAAUGAUAUUUCAUAUUCAUUAAAUCAGAAUUCAUAUAAACAAUCUAAAUAUAGUAUAAAUAAUAAAAUCUAUAGAAGUAUGGAUGAUAUUCAUUUAAAUGUCAAUAAAGAACAGUCUAAAAUGGAACAUACUACUAAUAAAAAUCAAGAGAAGCAAAUGAUUAUUCCAACACAGAAGUUGAAAUACUCAUCAUCACCAACAUUAUCAUAUAAAGAAGGAAUUCAAAAGAAUUCACAUAUUAUCAAGAAAUCGAUUCAUCCUUCUAAAAGAAUUAACAAACCAAUAGGAAUACAAGAAGAAAUUCUUAAAUCAAUAUCAUCAAAUCAUUGGGAAGAACAAAUUAAAGCUACAAAUAUGAUACAAAAUUUACUUGAAACAAUGAAUGUUAAACCAUUAGAGAUUAUAUUUAGUAAUUCAAAAUAUAUAAAUAUACUUAUACAUGGAAUUGAACAAACUAUUAAAUGUUUACGUUCACAUGUUUGUUUAAAUGGUUUAAAAACAAUUCAACAAUUAUGUUAUUAUUUAAAUGCAAUUAAUCAAGGUCAUUUAUUAAAUUCUUAUGCCCAAAUUAUAAUUACAACCUUAUUAAGUCGUAUAAGUGAAGAUUCAAGUACAAAAUUUUUACAAAAUGAAUCAUAUAAAUCAUUAGAAGCUUAUAUAUCAUGUAUAGAUCAUGUGAUUGCUAUCCAUCUAAUAUGUACAACAUUAUGGGAUAAGUUUCUACAUAGUAAUAUAAGACGUAAUACAAUUGGUCAAAUGUUAACCUACAUCAUUUGUAAUCAGUUACCAACUAAGAAAAAGAAUAUUAUAUUAUUAAAGAGAUUAGGAUAUAAUGGAAUAAAGAAUCUAAUGAAAGUUGUUGAUCAAUUAAUUAAUGAUAAAGUAUCAAGUACAAGGUUAUAUGGACGUAAAAUUCUUGAACAAAUCACCAUGGUUACAGAUAUUAAUAAAAUUUACAAACAAAAUAUUUUUAAAGAAAAUUCAUUAACAUUGAAAAAUUUAACAUUUCGAAAGUGA